AUGACGGACAAGCUCCCUCCGAAUUUGCUGGCGCUGUUUGCGCCGCGUCCGCCGCUGCGAUGGGUUCAGCCGCCUGAUCACGCCCCUGAGAAGCGUAAGACGCCACAUGUCGACGGACUUGCCGCUUUUCUGCCCGAUUUGAAAGCAUACAAGGAGAACGACACGAGCAUCCCGACCGAGAGCUGGCUUGAAGCACGCGAUCGCAAGAAGCUCGAGAAGAAGGCCGCCGUGGAGGACCUGUCUGCCAAUGCGCCCAAGUAUUACAAACCCAAUGAGGAUCCUCUGAUUCGCGGCGAUGCGUUCAAGACUCUCAUUGUCGCGCGCCUCAGCUACGAAGCUGACGAGCGUGACCUGGAGCGCGAAUUCGGUCGCUUCGGUCCCAUCGAGCGUACUCGCAUUGUUGUCGAUACACACGCCGCCGAGAAGGGAAACAAGAAGAAGAAGCCACAUCGAGGCUAUGCAUUUGUCGUCUUCGAACGCGAAAAAGACAUGAGAGCGGCUCUGGAUGCAUGUGAUGGUAUCCGUAUCAAAGACCGGCGUAUCAAGGUAGAUGUCGAGCGUGGCCGAACAGUCAAGGGCUGGAAGCCAAGACGACUGGGUGGUGGCCUUGGGGGCCGAGGAUAUACGAAAGCUCUUCCAGCUCGCCCGGGGGGCCCGGGCGGCUUUGGCGGCGGUUUCCGUGGGGGUAGAGGCUUUGAUGGUGGCCGUGGUCGUGGCGGCUUCCGUGGUGGCUUUGGUGGUCGCGGCGGAGGCUUUCGAGGUGGUGAUCGCGAAUUUGGUGGCCCCCCACGCGCUGACCGUGGCGAUCGAAACGGAUUCCCUCCCAGAGAUGCGCCUUCCGGCCCCGGCGGCUUUGACAGGCGCAACGGUGACCGCGACCGCGGAUUCGACCGCGGCGGCGGCCGGUUUGAUGAUAGGCGCGGUGACCGGGAUCGCGAUCCCCGUGACCGCAAUCGUGACCAUCAUGACCGGGGCGAUAGACCACCUCGUGAUGGUGGUCGAUACGGUGAUCGCGACGGUGGUCGCCGCACUGGAAGCAACAACGAACCAAUUGGUCGACGCGAGGGAGGACGUGAAGGUGGACGCGAGGGUGGGUAUCGCGAACGGGACAGAGACUUCGAUCGCCCCCGGGAUGAUGACAAUCGAAAGCGAGGAUACGACGGCGGAGGCUAUGAGGAUCCAAGGAAACUUCGCAGAUACUAA